UGGAAGCACAAUGAAUGUGACCGACAAGACGGCUACAUUCAACAUUUUCCACAGGAAUGCACGUGUGGGGCCACCCGCGAAACCCAAAGAAGCAUCACCAACGGUGAGAUUGGGAUCCUCCACUUUCAAUGGCUUGCGUGAGAAGUUUAGGAAGGAGAGCUGA